UCGAUGAAAAGGGAUCGAUAAUUUAGCCACAAAGCAUGCAUGAGUGACCAUUUCAACAUGUAUGGAGCUACCUCCACUUAAAUAUUCAUGAGUGACCAUUUCAACAAUGUACAGAGCUACCUACACUUAAAUAUUCCAAGAUCAAUCUUAUAGCCAACACCAACUACAUUUUAAGCCUUCACAAGAGAACUCAAACAUGCAAAUAUUCUCAUCAUCAUCAUCUUCUUCUUCUUCCUCUUCCUUGUUUGCGACUAUGUCCGGAGCUUCAUCUACGCAGAGAAGCAGGAGAGGGUAUCGCCGCCUCCUCUCGCAGCAGUUCUCCUUCAACUGGUCAGAAAAGAGUAGCGACGAGAAGAAGGCGACCGCGAGCAAAACUAAGAGAUUGAGCAACAGCAAGGAUACCAAAAUUUCUCACCCUGUUAUGAAGAUACUGGAAGCUCAGUCGAAGAAGGCCGUGUCUAAACCGGAAUUCUUGAGGUACCUGGAGUAUGUGAGGGAGGCGGGGACGUGGGAUGCGAAUUCGGAGAGUCCCACAAUUUAUUUUAGGUAAAAACGUAUAAAGUUUACCUGAACUAUGGAUCAUUUUGAAUUAAAUAUCCAAUCUUUUAUAGAACUUCGAUUUUAUUGUACAAUCUUUCAAUUUGUUUGAUUUGAGCCAGUUAACGACACUUUACCUUCAAAAUUUGCAUGUGUUCUUUAUCUUUACAGAUUCAAUUAUUAUACUUCAUGCAAUUAUAAUAUCGCUGGCUGUCUCAUAUCAAACAAAUUGAAAGAUUUGAUAAUAAAAUUGAAAUUUCGAAAGAUUGAAUAGUCAAAUCAAAAUGAUUCAUAAUGCAGGUAAGUUCUAUACGUUUUUACCUUUAUUUUAAGUAGUAUCAUUUUGAUUUUUGUAUAAUAACUUAUAGCAUAUUGAUCGUGUACAUUUGGAUGCGAUCUAAGAUUAGCUUGAUCAUUUGUAAUGUUUGUUAUCUAAGAUUAGCUUGAUCAUUUGUAAUGUUUGU